UUCUUUAUUCUACAAGUUGCAACAAAGCACCAUGGGUAGAAGGAACUCCACCAGUGUGCCUGGCUUCAUCCUCAUGGGGCUGACGGACUCUGCAGAGACACAGCUGGUCCUCUCCGUGCUCUUCCUGCUGAUUUACCUGAUCACAGGGCUGGGGAACGCGGGGAUGAUAUUGAUCAUCCGCCUGGAUCCCCAGCUGCACACCCCCAUGUACUUUUUCCUCACUCACUUAUCAUUUAUCGACCUCAGCUACUCAAGUGUCAUCACCCCUAAAACCUUACAGAACUUACUGACUUCCAACAAGAGCAUCUCCUUCCUGGGCUGCUUCACACAGAUGUACUUUUUAAUAGUGUUUGCUGCUGCUGAAUGUUUCCUUCUCUCUUCUAUGGCCUAUGAUCGCUAUGCAGCUAUCUGCAGCCCCCUGCACUAUCAAAUCAUUAUGUCCACAAGACUGUGCCAUGAACUGCUUACUGGUUCCUAUAUUAUUGGGUUAGUGGAUUCCACUGUCAUUGUGCUUUGUAUAAGUGGACUGCCCUUCUGCAAGUCUAAUGUCAUCCAGCACUUCUUCUGUGACUCAUCCCCUAUUUUAGCCCUGUCCUGCAGUGACACUUCUGAGGCUGAACUCAUUAUAUUCAUUUGUGGUGGAUCCAUUUCAGUGCUGUCCCUCAUCACCAUAUCAGGAUACUAUGUGUCCAUCCUCUUCACUAUCCUGAAAAUUAAUUCCACUGCAGGAAAAAAGAAAGCCUUCUCGACCUGUGCCUCCCACCUCCUGGGAGUCACCAUCUUCUACAGCACUAUGAUCUUUACUUACCUAAAACCGAAGACGUCCUACAGCUUGGGCAGGGAUCAGGUGGCUUCUGUGUUUUACAUGAUUGUGGUCCCCAUGCUGAACCCUCUUAUUUACAGUCUCAGAAACAAAGAGGUGAAACAGGCUGCUAUUAGAAUCAUGCAGAAGAGAUCAUGUUUUAGACAAUUAAAAUUACAGGGAUGCUAG